UGGGUCUGGUCCUGUACAAGCAACCGUACUUAGGUGCCAAGACAUUGAUCUAUCUCCCAGCUACAUUUCGUUACCAUCACCCAUUCAGAAAUACUUUGGGUUUUAACUCCUGUGGCUUUACGCUACGAUUGUGACUCUGACCUGCGCGUGUCGCCAGGGUCUGCGGAUGCAGAGCCAAGGAAUACAGCACACAUUUCAAAGGUAGACAUGCGUGCGCAACGGUCAGGGACCUCCCGGUCGGCAGGGGGUGCUGCGGCAGUUUCCAAACGCCCGCAUUGCGCAGUCAUGCUCACCGCCACGACCGACGUGCCGGCUGCUGUGGAUGUCCCGGAGUCUCCGAAGCCAGCGUGGGCCUGGAGAGACGCCCCGAUCGCCACGUUGGUACGGAGGAUCCAGCAGCUGCAGAAUGAACGCGCGCAGGCCUUCCGCCGCCUGGACCAAGCUCACCGCCAGUACCUGCUCAGUGGCCAGCACCACGACUUUCCGCGUUAUCGAAGUGUCGUGCACGAGGUGACCCAGGUCUUCGCCGCUGCCUCUCGGGAAGUACUGGCAGUGGAAGCGGAACUAGCGGGGCCUCGUGCGCAGCCGGUGCUUGCUCGCCAUGUGCGCAGCCUGCAGGAGCUGGAACAGACGCGCCUGACCACCGUGGCGCUGCUGCAGGUGAUGGAGACACCAGGAGUGUCAGAACAGGAGGACCCUGAAAAGUUGCACCAGCUGAGAAUAAAUUUCCAUCCGCUCUUGUAGGGUAAUUAAAACCAUGGAGGCGAUCAGCGAGGUUCUGCAGGAACUCAGGUUUGAUGCCGAGUCUGCAGAGUGAGGGCGGCUCCCCGGGGACCAGAGGAAGAUGGGAAAGAGGCCCAUGGCGUGCAGCCCAGCCCUGACCGCCAGCUGGCUGAGGUCGUGCCCCUCCAGGCUGCCCUCCAAUGUGCCUCGCAAAAUAAAGAGUCCUCCCUCUGCA